AUGGCUUCCCAAGACCCCUUCGACUGUGCACUGGACCUCCUCCGCCGCCUCAACCCAAAACACACCGGUGACCACCUCUCCAACAUCAUCUCCCUCCACCCCGACCUCGCCGAAGAGCUCCUCUCCUCUGUCGACCAGCCGCUCACCGUCCAGCGCUGCAAGCAAACCGGCCGUGACUACCUCCUCUGCGAUUACAACCGUGACGGCGACUCUUACCGCUCCCCCUGGUCCAACCAGUUCGACCCCCCCCUCGACGAAGCCGGCGCUGGCGGCGUUGGCGCAGGAGGCAGCAAUGAAGGCGCCGGCGAGGGUGCCGUUCCAGGCGAGCGUGUAAGAAAAAUGGAAAUCAAGGCCAACGAGGCGUUUGAUGUCUACAGAGAGCUGUACUACGAGGGGGGGGUGAGCUCGGUUUAUUUCUGGAACUUGGAUGAUGGGUUUGCUGGUGUGGUGUUGUUGAAGAAGGCCUCCCCACAAGGCGACGCUACCACCUCGGGUGUCUGGGACUCGAUCCACGUCUUUGAAGCCUCUGAGCGCGGUCGCACCUCCAACUACCGCCUCACCUCCACCGUCAUCCUUACCCUUGCUACCAAGGGCGCCUCCCUCGGCGAAGUUGACUUGUCCGGCAACAUGACGCGCCAGGUGGAGCAGGACCUCCCAGUUGACAGCGACGAGAGCCACAUUGCCAACAUUGGCCGCCUUGUCGAGGACAUGGAGCUCAAGAUGAGGAACCUGCUGCAGGAGGUCUACUUUGGCAAGGCGAAGGAUGUGGUGGGUGAUCUGAGAAGCAUUGGCAGCUUGAGCCAAGGGCAGAAGGACAGGGAGACACAGAGGGAGCUGAUUGGGAGUAUGCGGAGAUAG